AUGUAUUUCAGUGUUACCGAGUUCCUGGCCCAGGAUGUGGGGACAGGAAUCCACGAUGCCUUAUCGCAGCUGCUAGCCGCUGUUGAUCUUGACCAGCUCACGGCUGUGGGUACCAAGCAGCGAGGUGGACGAUUGAUUUUUUUCAGCUUAGUUUACGCCUUCGAUCUUUCCUUUUCACACGCGGAAAAUAUAUAUAGCCGGGAUACCAGGCAAGGUCCCAACACGAUCACGUCAAAACAUCUUUGGAACUAA